AAAGUUCUAAAACAAACGAAAAUCUCCUGCCCCUGUUUUGUAAAUCCACCUCUUAAUAUCUUUAGUCCUCCUUAAAACUUCCCCGAACAGUUUAGCCCACACUAUUUCUUUCCUUUGUUCUGUUACGCAGAGGUGCUCAAAAAAGUUCCCUGCCUUCCAGAAGGCCUGGAACAUACCCAUUCUUUAGUAACCUGUUCGUUGUGAUCAAAUUUGAGGUGGGUAUGACCAGAAUUCGACGGGGUAAUCAAAAUUGAAUUGGGUGUGACCAAAAUUGGACUGGGUGCCUGCAAAUAAGUUGGGCGAUCAAAAUUGGAUCUGGUGUGGCCAUUUGUGAUAGAAACAAGGAUGAGGAAGGAGGACACAGUGAAACUCAUCAGUGCGGAGGGUUUCGAAUUUAUCAUUGAUAGGAAGGCAGCUCUCGUCUCCAACACCCUUAAGAAUAUGCUCACUUCUACAGGGGGUUUUACAGAGACAACACUUGGAGAAGUGAGGUUUCCAGAAAUAAGUACUCCAGUUCUGGAAAAAGUUUGUCAGUACUUUUAUUGGUCAUUGCAAUUUGCCAGUGGGAAGGAAACUGAAUUCCAUAUAGAACCCGAAAUUACUUUGGAGUUGAUGAUGGCAGCGAACUACCUUCAUACUUGAUUAGUGUGUGCUGCAGAUAAUUGUAGCUUAUUGGGAAAGAUUGGAUUGAUGGUAUUGAAGAAUUAAAUGUAUGUAUUAUCUGAACACAAGAAUAGUUGGAUUCAGGGAUGUAACCCAGAUUCCGUACUGAGAUUCCAUGAGUUUAAAGUACUUGUUUACAAAACCAUAUUGUUCGUCACGUGUGCAGUUGAGCUAACUUGUUCAUGGUUUGUUUUAACUCUUUAACUUAUAAUUUAUUGGAUCUCACGGACACUCCAGUGGAUCAAUGAAAUAACAGUUUGUAA